CCAAACUGUUCAAUUCGGCCUCACCGUCAUCGUCAUAAGCCAGCAGUGGCGCCGCUACAUGCUUAUAAGCGCGCGCCACGUGCUGUUCUGAGUUCUUUCAUUGUACGACGUUCAUCACCAUACGUCGUUAGUCUGUUGGAUCCUCGCUUUAGCUCAUUCGGCCCUUCAUCACCCAAAUUGCUAGGUAUAUCUUUACUGUCUUUCAUUGUAUGUAUCAUACCAAAGUGUUAGUAAACUGUCUGUGUGUUAUCCAAAUGCCGUAUUCCUGAAUCUUAUUUUUGAGUUUGGCAGAUAGCCAGGGACAUCGGGUCCGUCACCAGCGUUAACACCUUUCUUCACCCCUUUCCCUUGGUCUAUCUUGCCUCACAUGGCGCAGCCGACAGGAUACGGCAAGUGAUUCGUCAGAUUUUUCACUUCUGGUUGAUACCAUAUGAAUUUUUUGCAAGUACUUCGACUUUGAAGUCUUGCGCUUUUGACGUAGUUCGAAAGGCUUGUUCGAUUUAGGCUUAGCCUCGUCAUUCGAACGCAUUGCAUAGCAUUUUUCGAACAGUUCUAUCCCUCCGUAACUUCUAGUUCUUUUUUUGUCACGCAUUAAUUGCGUCUUCAGUUUUUCGUUGCAUUUGUGCAUUUUUCAGUUGUUCGUAAUUUCGAACGCGACGUUCGAUGUUAGGUUCUGCUGGUAACACCUGUCUGGAGCUUGGUUCAGUAUUGUUUCCGUCUCUCGUUUUUCGUUGUGUCUUAACAAAUAUCGUCUUUUGAGUUUGUUCUUUCAUGGACAGUCCAAAGGUGUUGAGACUUCUUUUGCGUCCAGCACAAGAGUUAUUUGAAGAGUGCGUCUCACGUAAUCUCACACUCCCAGAGAACGCUGAUCCUCGUCAAGCAGCAAUUCUCAUCAUGGAAGACGACGAAAGGAGGAAACAUGCAUCUACGAGUGCUAUUCCCACCAAAGACAACGAGGAAUACCAAACAUCGGAAGAAUGCGAAUCAUCCGAAGAUGAACAUCAGGAUGAACAAGCCUCACCAACAAACAAAACAAGUAAGAAGACACCUACCGCGAGUUCAUCUGCUCCGAUCACCAUCGAUCAGUUAGCUGAGAUUUUCAAACGGGUGGUUUCCACACCACAGAGGAUAGUAACCACCCCGGACCUUAGUCAGACAUUGAAGUUCUUUUAUGGCCGGCCCAACGAUGAUUUUCGCGCAUGGCUUUCAUCAAUUGAUGUGUUACGUAUCCAGUACGGUUGGGACGAUUAUACCGCCUUAGCCAUUGCAAAGAGUAAGCUUCGUGGUGCGGCCAAGGAUUGGGACGAUGGAUCCGGAAGAAGUUGUGUCACAUGGCAAGACUGGGUCAAAGGUUUGAAAGAGCAAUUUGAUUAUCAUCCAGAUCUACCAGAUUGGAAUCGCGAUUGUGAAGCUAGAGUACAGAAAAGUGAAGAAUCCAUUUCUGACCAUAUUCACGCAAAGAUCAAAAUACUCUGCAAGUGCCCUUAUCAGCUCAGGGAACGUGACAAGAUCCGUUACAUCACCAUGGGUCUACAGAGCGAGGCAACGAGGACAAGUCUCACUUCCUACUACAUGUCUACUGGAUGUGACUGUCUCACUCUGAUCAAGCUGGCACGACAGAUCGAACCUUCUCAGAAACACCGUGAUCCAAACUGGCGUCAACAAGGAGCCAAGCCAAAGGACUACACGAAGAAGGAACAUCAACGUCAGCAAGGCUUUUCGUCCACAUCACAGCCUAAGUAUUCAUCUCGGCAAAAUGGUGAGAAACAUUCUCCUACUUCCACCAAAACAUCGGACAAAUCAAGCCUAAAAUACAAAGACCCAAAGGACUACACCAAACAUCAAGACAAAGACAAGAAACACAGCUACACUGCUUCAAUAAGACACGACUUACCAUCUAGACACCCCGUGAGACCCGUCAUUGAGAUUCUUGUAAACAACACACCGGUCGACGCCUUGGUUGACACGGGUGCAGACAUCUCAAUUUUAAGAAAACAGGAAGCAGAGCUUUGGGGUAUUAACAUAAAACCAUGGAGUGACUCAGCAAUGAUCGCCGUCGAUAACGAGUCCAUGCCGUUCGGCGAAGCCGUCGUGGAAGUGAAGUUAGCGAACACAACUGUUUCUCUUCAAGUUGCUAUCGUCACUAACAUCAUAUAUCCUUUCAUACUUGGUAGCGGCUGGCGCACAUCUGCCAAGCUUGGAAUCACUGUUUGGCCUAAUGGACACGUCUCCAUCCAGUCACCUCCAAAGUCCCACCAGGAGAACAUCUUCAACAGCAUGUUCUUAAAGAAAGACUUCCUCCAGGAACUUUCUCCAUCUCACGCUGAAGAAUUUCAACCCAUACAGGAAAGGAUCUUCUACAACACGACAUCCAAGGAUCAAGACACUUCGACAGACAUCAAAACACAUCACAUCCUUCACGCUUCCAACAACGUGCAAGUAAACAACAACAAAGCCUCGACAUCAACGUGUUCAUCAACACAACGUAAAUCUACACCAAGGAACUGUCCAUUCCCACUUCUCCCUGGCACCAACAUCGUGGCACCCCAGGACGGCCCCAACAUCGUGGCAUCCCAGGACAAGGUGAAGAUACCAUCUCGUCAAGCAACAUCAGUCUCCGCAAGAACAAGUUCGUCAAACAGUUUUCCGGCGAACAGCAGUGUUUGUGAACGUGUUAGUGAAUUCCGCAAUGUUGUCGACCUUCAUAGAACACAGCCAUCACAGGUAUGUGAAAAUGUCAUGUUGCAUAACGACGAAAAGGAUCUGACCUCUUGCUUGUGAAUACCGUACAAGUCAAUGACAUCAUUCCUUUGGAUAGGGUUGUUGUACGAGAGUCGGAUGCAAAAACUGAAGUACAGCAUGCUGAAAUCUUGAACUACUUGGACAAACUUAAAGACAAAGUAACCUCAGACAUAAAUGACACACAGCUUAAGAAACUCCAUGACAUCAUUCUUAACCACGCGAACGUGUUUUCUAAGCAAAAGUAUGACAUCGGAUUUUGUCCAAAGACCGAACAUUGCAUCGAUCUCUCUGACAGCAUUCCUGUUCGCGUAAAGUCUUACCGCUACUCAUGGAAUGACAGAAAAUUCAUCAAAGAAGAAAUCGACAACUGGCUUAAAUUAGGUCUUGUUCGAAAAUCUCAGUCUCAUUACGCUUCCCCAGUUUUCGUUGUUGAUCAACCAUUCCAUCCGUCAACACCACGCAGACUUGUUGUUGACUACCGUAAGCUAAAUGGGAAAACCGUCAAAAGAGUGUAUAGUAUGCCUCGAAUUGAUGAUACUGUUGACAGAGUAGGGAAAGGCAAAUACUUUUCCACUAUGGACAUAAAGAAAGGUUACCUAAACAUCAAAAUAAGGGAAUCUGACCAGCAUAAGACAGCUUUCAUUACACCUGACGGUCUUUACGAAUUCGUUCGAAUGCCUUUCGGUCCAACUGGUGCUCCCGCCACUUGGCAAGCAGUAAUGGAUGAAGCCUUUCAUUCCCUCAAGUGGAAGGACGUUGUAAUUGUCUAUUUCGAUGACAUCUGUAUCUACACUUCCACCAUAGACGAACAUCUCGAUGUUCUUGACCAAUCUAUGUCCAUACUGGAAAAUUAUGGUUUCAAAAUCGAGAUCAAUAAGUGUCAGUUCAUUCAGACCCAUAUAAAGUUUCUGGGUUACAUUGUAUCUCAUGAGGGUAAACUGCCAGAUCCGGAGAGGUCAGCUGCUGUUGACAAAUACCCCGAUACAUUGAACACAAUACAAGACUUAAGAGAUUUUUGGGCUUUGCUUCUUACUUUCGCAAAUUCAUCAAAUGUUUUGCUGAAAUUGCGCGACCUCUAUCACUCCUCUUGCGAAACAAGCAACAGUCCAAAAGCACUGGCAAAACCAACAUUACGUCAGAAUGGACACCUACACACACUGAGGCUGUACGUAACCUCAAAUCUCUUUUAAAAUCUCCACCUAUUUUGGCUCAUUUUGAUCCAGACAGAGAAACUCAUGUCUAUGUUGACGCUUCAGCGAAACAUCUAGGAGCGUUCAUCUCACAGAAACACGAUGGAAAAGAGUAUGUUGUUGAGUAUGCCAGCAGAGCAACCAACACAACAGAGGAAAAACUGCAUUCAAACAUGCUCGAAUGCAUUGCUCUUCAUUGGGCACUCACAGACAAAUUUCGUAUUUAUGUGUACGGGUUGCCUAUCGUCCAUGUUUGGACAGACAACUACAGUGUCUCCUUAAUGACCAAUGCACAGCAAAUCAAUAGAAAAUUUGCUCGCAUGGUUCUCGAUCUUCAAGAACUUCCUCUGAAGAUACAUCAUCGUUCGGGAAAAACCAAUGUUGUCGCUGAUGCUCUAUCACGCAUCCCACAACCUUUGGUUGCGUCACUAAUUCUCACUGCCGAGAAUUCUCAUCUCUCCAACCACCAACAGUCAGAUCCGUCGUUAUUAGAGAUUUUUGAAGUCCUCAAAAAUCCUAACAUUUCUUCUCGCAAAGCUGAGAACAUGCGGAAUACAUUCAUGUUGUCGAAUGGCAUACUCUGCCACAAAACCACUCAACAAAACGGACUGACAAAAACAAGGAUUGUCAUACCAGAAUCUCUUAGAAAAGAGAUAUUGCUUCAUGAUAAACGUGGUCACAUGGACAAAUUCAAGACCAAAAGCAGUAUUCUGAGUAAAUACUGGUGGUCGUCCAUUAAUAAGGACGUCAAAGAGUACGUCCAGGGUUGUAACAUUUGUCAGCGCAUCAACAGACAAACAUCGAAGCCCGUGGGAUACUUACAUCCUUGACCAAUUCCCACACAACCUUUCACCACAAUAUCCCUCGAUCACAUUGGUCCACUUCCGGAAACAGGAAAUGGAAACAAGUACAUCAUUGUAUGUGUUGACCACACUACACGCUUUGUAGUAACACAGGCUGUGAAAUCAACAGCAUCGUCACAUAUCAUACAGUUCAUUAAGGAAAAGAUCAACACAACUUUUGGUAUUCCUAUGACAAUUGUUUCUGACCAAGGUUCAGGUUUCAUGAGUCAGAACAUGGAAAAAUUCCUAACCACAACAGGAAUUGAACACACAACUUCUUGUCCUUAUUUCCAUCAGGCAAAUGGUCUCGUGGAAAGAUCUGUAGCCACCAUAAAGAAUAUUCUCAAAAAAUAUUGCUUUGAGAAUCCGUCAAAAUGGGACCAAUACAUUGCAAGCACCACUUCUUUCACACUUCAAGACAAGGUUCUACUAGAUUUUCACCACAUUUCCUUCUCUUUGGAUUUGAAACUCGUAUUGAAAACGAGAUACAGGUUGGUGUAAUCGUUGACGACAUGUCGCGACUUCAGAGCAUUGAAAUGCUACACGACAUACGUGCAGAAGCACGGGAAAACCUAGGAAAAGCUCUAUCCUCUCAGAAGAGACGUUACGACUACGGUCGAAACCCAUCGCAGUUCUCUGCGGGUGACUUAGUUUGGAUAGAAUCCUUUUCAACUUCACCUUUUGAUCCUAAGUACAAGGACAAGGUAUUCAAAGUUAUUUCCACUCAUCCCCAUGACAUUUGUACUGUUCAAAGUCUGGAUGAAGGAAUAACAAAAACAGUUCAUGUUUCACAAAUAAGCGCGUGCCACGUGCUGUUCUGAGUUCUUUCAUUGUACGACGUUCAUCACCAUACGUCGUUAGUCUGUUGGAUCCUCGCUUUAGCUCAUUCGGCCCUUCAUCACCCAAAUUGCUAGGUAUAUCUUUACUGUCUUUCAUUGUAUGUAUCAUACCAAAGUGUUAGUAAACUGUCUGUGUUAUCCAAAUGCCGUAUUCCUGAAUCUUAUUUUUGAGUUUGGCAGAUAGCCAGGGACAUCGGGUCCGUCACCAGCGUUAACACCUUUCUUCACCCCUUUCCCUUGGUCUAUCUUGCCUCACAAGACGUAAUUACGACGUUCACAUUUUCCAAAACGCUCUACCGGGAUGUACAGUGGGUAUCCGAGGAAUAUCUGGACCUACGGGACGUUCGGGAUCUAUCCCGGAUAUCCCCUGUACAUUCGUGGUUUACUGGGAUGUGGGGAUGCACUUCGUCUGUACUGACAUUUUCAAGCUGUCAGCUGUCUGGCGGCGUUGUAAUGCCACUUAAUGUCUGUUUUCUGUGCUGGGGUAUAGCAGCAGUGUAGCAGCAGUGUAGGUUUCAAUUUAAUGCGCAAUUAUGGAGUGUGGCGGGGUACGUACGGGGGCGUUGGGGGUGUACAUGUUGGGUCAAGUGACUGUUUUCUGCUUGGGGAGAUGCUAGGUUAGCAUAUCAAGUGUGUGGCUGUUGAGCAAUUUUAUUCGAAAAUUGUUUUGGCUCAUCGUUUUUGCUUCUUUUACGCAUUGCGUAAUUCCAUUUGAGUUGCAUCAACUUCUUUCUAUUUAAAACCCUGGCGAGGCUGUGCUACCAGCCCACCGUGCACGUGCACUUAUAAUAGAUGCAUUGCAUUCAAAAUAACAAGCUUUUUUUGGUUCAAAACUAUUUAUUUGAUACAUGGGUGUACUGUCUGGGCCACACAGUCUGGGACAAUGAGAUUGCAACGUUGUAGAUGUGCAUCCUCGGUUGCUGGGUUGCUUGUCGAAGAGAAAGGUACGGAGCCAUCUUUUUCUUCUGUUCGGUGUUCGGAAGUUCGGAAGCUCGCUCGGAAAGGUGGUGCUGGGUGCGCAUUGGGUGUCUGUUUCGCGCAAUUCAUCACGGCAAUUCAUUCGUCACUUUCGUCGUGCACAUUGUUCGUCGCAUUUGUAGUCACAUUAGGCCAAGGGAAUAUAUCUGUUCAACGAGUUGAGGCCGCUUUGGGUAUCUGCUUCGCGCAAGCCUUUCUUGCAGUUCCUUGGUUGUCACAUUCCUACUGCCACGUCGUCAGUUUCAUUCUUAGAGGGAUUCAUAGGUCCGAAUCAGGUGCGACAUCCUCUUCGACAUUCUUUGUCACACCUGGAGGCACAUUAUCGAGGGAAGCAUGAGAACGAUAUUCCUCUGUCCGGUUCCACGGGGUGCACCGCUGAUGUAUCGCUUUCGCAUUGGAUAUCUGUUUCGCGCAAUCAUUUCUGGCAGUUCCUUGGUUGUCACAUUCCUACUGCUACGUCGUCAGUUUCCUUCUUAGAGGGAGUCAUAGGUCCGAAACAGGUGCGACAUACUCUUCGACAUUCUUUGUCAUAUCUGGAGGCACAUUAUCGAGGGAAGCAUGAGAACGAUACCGCUCUAUCCGGUUUCACGAGGUGUACCGCUGAUGUACCGCUUUCGCAUAGGGUGUGUCCUCCGCGCAAUCCUUUCCGGCAAUUCCUCGGUUGUCACUGUAGUCACUGUGGUCUGAAACAGGCGCGACAUCCUGUUCGACAUUCUUUGUCACAUUUGUAGACACAUUAUCGAGGGAGCCAUGAGAACGAUAUUGCUCUGCUCUGUUCUGUUCCAUGAGGUGUACAGUAGUUGUAUCGCUUUCGUUGUGUCGUUUCGCUAUUUCAUCCUUAAAGACUCACAGGUCCCAAAUAGGUGCGACAUCUUCUUUGUCAUUCUUUUUUCUUCUUCUUUCUUUGUCGCAUUUGUAGUCACAUUACGGACGGCAGUACGAUCUUUUCCACGAGGUGUACUGCUGUUGUAUCUUUGUCGCGCAAUCAUUUCCGACUAUCCCUUCGUUGUCUCAUUCGUAUCACCGUAUUCUUAAAGAGUCACAUGUCCGAAAUGGGUACAAUUCUUCGCAAUUUCCUUUGUCACAGUCGUAGUCGUGUCGUGCGUUUUCCGAAGGACUCCUAGUUCUUUUCUUCUUGUUUUCUUCACGUGGAUAUCAGUUCCGAUGAGACCUGCAUGCACUCGCUUCUACUGUUCUUUAUCGUGUAAUCUGUUGUCGUGUUAACGUAGUUGAGCCAUACCAGUCUUCAUAUCUCAAUGAUGUUGCAUUCUUUGACUUUGACGCAGGCUACUUCUUCUGCCCGAUGACCCGAUUUGCCUGCGCAUAACAUCUUUUUAACUUUUGCGCAGGCAUAACGGGUCGGACAUUUCCGUUUUGAACCCCGACUUGAACUGACCAAGGCACAGCUUUGAUUGCCUAGGCCAGAACACGUCGGUGGUUGCGCGAUGACUCCGGAUUUCUUGAUUUUCGAUUUCAUUUGCUUUGGUUUCCUUUGCUCCUUGUCCUUUGCGUUUUGUCUUCAAAUUUCUCUCUUUUGCUUUUUACGCAGCUGUGAUUGGCGCUCAGAGCCUCGUUGGCCGGACUCGCUGUGGCUGUCGAGCCCGUUACCAGCUCCCACCACGGGGAGGUGAGGUUGAGCGCCAACAGUUAUUGGGAGCCAAUGAAUCCGAAGCCAUUGGGGUCCAGGGGCAGGCAGGGGUGAAAGUCAGGUCAAGACGUGGAACACUGAAGUCCUAGAGGCAGUGAACGGAGCGCAAGAGGAUCUCAAUGACGUCCUUCGGCAUUGGGGUAGCCGGAUCAGACUCCUCGAUCGCAGUAACGAUCAUGACUAUGAGAUCGAUGGUGUCGGCUUCCCUGAUGUGUCUAUGGUAGUUCGUGGCGAGGAACCGGACAAAGUCCAUGCCCUCAUCGAGAAGACGUGGACAUCCUUGGCCUAGAAUACCGUGGAGAAAAUCGACGCACGCCGAGAGAAAGCCUGGUACCUUGUAGAAAGCCCUGACGUUAGCUUUCAGCUGAUCAAAGGCACCAGGAUGGUGAUGAACUACCUCACGGUAGUGUAAGGAUAUCAGACCUUCCCAGUCAGGAGUUGGUCUCCUCCAACGAGCAAGUAAGGAUUGCCGCCAGUCCUACCGAGGAUGGUUCGCAGAAAGAGACUCAUGGCGUCAGAUAGAGAAACGGAGGCCGAGACGAGCAGAAGAGAGCAGAAGAGAUUGGGAUCCUAACAUUACGUUUCAUGAUAUAGACAGUGACGAGAAUGUCUCUGUUCAUCAAGACAGUUCUUCAGAAUCCGAAGAAACACUUAGUCCACCUUACACGACAAGGUAUGGACGCGUCACCAAACAAAGGGUACCAUUACAUGCGUACGACCUUGUUUGACUGUUUCAAAGUACACACAUUCCAUAGGGACGCCUUGGUGAAUGUCGUCCAUUCAUGGACAGGGGACGCUCUGGUCCAUAAAUGACUUUGUACUACAUUGCUUUAAAUGUACCCAGUGUCUGCAAUAUGAAUUUUUGCGGUCAUUUUUGUGUUUUUCGCUUUGGGUUACUUCCACAUUUCUUAGUUACUCACGCACACAGCCACACUCAAACACACGCUUACAUUGUUGCUGUUUAGCAUUUCCCUUCUACUGACCUCUUCAGAUCAACUUUCUGCAUUUCGAAUUUAGUGUUUCGAAUUUAGUGUUUCGAAUUUAGUCACUACUUCACACUAGUUCUCUUCAUUUUCGUAUCACUGCAUGUACUGUGUAUGUACUGCAUGUCACAAUGCUGCUCAUGCUAUGCUGUGUUAUAUCAUGUACUACGAACUUUGAACUACGAACUUUCUUCUUCAAUGUUAUCAAAUUCACAAUGUGUUUAGAAUCAGGAGAUUCUACUACUUCAUUUGAGGGUGGAUUAUCAAACUCUCUUAAAUCUAGGUUGUUCUGCAUUUCAGGACAAAGGAUGCUGCAUGCUUCUGCCAAGGGCCCUGGCAUGAAUCAUGUUCUCUUUUGUUUUUUUUUAUCCUGUUUCAGAACAGCUUCGAUUUUAAACUGUUAACUUCUGCAUUAACGCUAUUGUAGAGUUUCCUCACUGUAAUAACGAAAUGAGGACAUUUGUAGAUUGUCGUACCACUAUUGUAAAGUUUCAUUUUUCCUCAGUGUAAUAACGAAAUGAGGACAUUUCAUCUUUUUGUUAGAGGUGGGCGUGUGAGAGCCAAACUUCGGCCUCACCGUCAUCGUCAUAAGCCAGCAGUGGCGCCGCUACAUGCUUAUAAGCGCGCGCCACGUGCUGUUCUUUCAUUGUACGACGUUCAUCACCAUACGUCGUUAGUCUGUUGGAUCCUCGCUUUAGCUCAUUCGGCCCUUCAUCACCCAAAUUGCUAGCUGUGAUUGGCGCUCAGAGCCUCGUUGGCCGGACUCGCUGUGGCUGUCGAGCCCGUUACCAGCUCCCACCACGGGGAGGUGAGGUUGAGCGCCAACAGUUAUUGGGAGCCAAUGAAUCCGAAGCCAUUGGGGUCCAGGGGCAGGCAGGGGUCAAAGUCAGGUCAAGACGUGGAACACUGAAGUCCUAGAGGCAGUGAACGGAGCGCAAGAGGAUCUCAAUGACGUCCUUCGGCAUUGGGGUAGCCGGAUCAGACUCCUCGAUCGCAGUAACGAUCAUGACUAUGAGAUCGAUGGUGUCGGCUUCCCUGAUGUGUCUAUGGUAGUUCGUGGCGAGGAACCGGACAAAGUCCAUGCCCUCAUCGAGAAGACGUGGACAUUCUUGGCCUAGAAUACCGUGGAGGAAAUCGACGCACGCCGAGAGAAAGCCUGGUACCUUGUAGAAAGCUCUGACGUUAGCUUUUAGCUGUUCAAAGGCACCAGGAUGGUGAAGGACUACCUCACGGUAGUGUAAGGACAUUAGACCUGGCACCCAGUCAGGCGUUGGUCUCCUCCAACGAGCAAGGAAGGAUUGUCGCCUGUCAUAAGUCCUACCGAGGAUGGUUCGUAGAAAGAGACUCAUGGCGUCAGAUAGAGAAACGGAGGCCGAGACGAGCAGAAGAGGUAACUAAGCCGUUAAAUUAUAAUCAAUAUAAUUCA